AUGGGGAAAUUAUUCUAUUGCCAGAAGGUCCUUCUCGUUUACGGCCUCACCAAUUUGGGUAAGAUGGAAGACGAUAGCCUGGACAAAAUGGAUCCUUACCAAAGAGGCGCCAACGACAUAAUUUGGGAGUCCAUGAUGCAUGGCAGUUACAAAAAGAAAAACACAAAUGAGCACAGAGAUUACUAUGAUUCUAUGGAGCCUAGUACAGGUGAUGACAACCACCUUGGAUCCCAGGAGGAAGCUUCAACCAACAUUGAAAAGUAUGCAGGUUCUGACAAUGACCUAGUAGGGCCCAUGGUUGUCAGAGUGCUUCCAGAUGGCAGCCCCAUACCCAGAGACUCUCCUCUCCCUAAGGACGACGAUGCCGAGGAAUUCAUGAUCAUGAGGAGCAAGCCGAUCCCGUCCCUCUCUGAAAUUACAUCCCUGAGGCACGAAGUCAUAGCCACAAGGCUUGACUCUCACACUUCGAUGAAAAGAUCAAAACAUUAA